AAAAGAAAAUAUUUAUUACCGGUUGGAAAACGAAAAGAAAGCUGACGAGGUGAGAGAGAGAGAGAGAGAGAGAGACAGCGCUAAGGUCUAGACAGCCAUGAAGAUUACAACACCAACAUCAACAGCAACGCCAAUACCAACACUACCAGCAAAGACUUCCCGUACAAAUGGAAUCAUCCGUUUUCUUCUUCUUCUUCUUCUUCUUCACCUUCACCAUAACCACUCAUCACCAUUCGUUCUUUUUCCCAUUUUCGUAUUUAGUGAUGCCUCUUUUUCUUUCCUAACCCAUUAUCUUCGUUUUUAUCCAUCUUCUCUCUUUUCAUCCAUCCCCCUUUUUUUUUCUUCAGAUUCUUCCUAAUCGCACUCUCGCCCCGCCCUAUCUGUUAUUGGAACUGCCUUUGAUCCGAUUCUCUUCUGUUUGUUUCCCCGGAAGACUCGACUCUCAAGGAUUAGAGAUUGAAUAUGUUCGGAGGUGAUAAUAACAAUCUUGUUUUCCCCGUUUUCGUUGAUGACAAUCGCUUCCAGUGUGAUGCAACUGUCUUACCUCAGCUUCAGUUAUUUGGCAAUCUCCCUGCGGGGUGCAAUGUGGGUUCCUUGAACUACAUGGGAAAUGAACAUGCAAUGCGUACAGACUGUCCUGUAAAGAGAGGCAGGGAGGCAGAUUCAACUAUUCGACAACAAAAGCGUCAUGUGCCUUUAGACAAGAACUUCCAUCAAGAUGAAUCUGGUCAACCUUGUAGUUUUGUGAAUCCAAAUCCUGUAUCAACUGGGUUGAGACUUUCAUAUGAGGAGGAUGAGCACAAUUCUUCUGUUACCUCUGUGAGUGAAAGCAUGAACGGGGGUCUGCCAGUUAUGGCAUCUCUUGACAAUAUUAAGGUUGAGAUUGAUAGACAGAAAGAAGAACUUGAUCGCUAUAUCAGACUUCAGGAAGAGAAUAUCAUGAAAGGUGUGCGGGAACUGAAACAUAGGCACACAAUUUCUUUCCUGAGUGCAGUAGAGGAAGGGGUUGGUAAGAAGUUACAAGAAAAGGAUCUUGAAUUAGAAAGUGUGAGCCGCAAGAACAAAGAACUUGUGGAGAGAAUAAAGCAGGCUAGUAUGGAGGUUCAGUCCUGGCAGUGCAGAGCCAAAUACAAUGAGUCUAUGGUCAACGUUCUAAGGAGCAAUCUGAAGCAGGUCAUGGCCCAAGGUGCAAUGCAUGCUAAGGAAGGCUGUGGCGACAGUGAGGUUGAUGAUACAGCCUCUUACACAAAUCAGAACCAUCUUAACUUUGUGGAUGGAUCUGGAAAGUCAGAUUCCACAAAUAAGAAAAUGAUCUGCCGAAGUUGCAAGGUUAAGGAAGUCUCUGUAUUAUUAUUGCCGUGUAGACAUUUGUGCUUGUGUACAGAUUGUGAAGGGUUUAUUGAAGUCUGUCCUAUCUGCCAUGUAAUGAAAACUGCCAGUGUUCAAGUAUACAUGUCUUAAGAAAAAAUAAUGGUACGAUAUGUAUGUGAACACUUGCAAUUGUCAUUUCCCUUAACUGCUGGGAAUCGAUUUAAUUUAAUGUUUCUAUGUCUGCUGGAUUUGAGUUUGUGAAAAUUACUGAACUUGUGUGGUUUUCUGUAUUAGAAAACCACCCAAAUCAUAUUGGAAAUAACACACUCAGCGCCUUCUUAUUUGUUUA